AUGCAGCUCGAGUGUUGCAUCUCGCCAGCUCUCGCGCGCUACGAGAAGUGUAUGAUUGUGGGCAGUGGCUACACGAGCUCUGAAGGAUCUGAGCUCGCCUUGCAGGACUACCCUAUUAUAUCCAUCGGUGACAACCUGGAGAGAAGUUCACCUCUGAAAAAAAACUCCGUUGGGAUGACGAAUCAGUCAGAGGCAGACAAUUUCGCCGACUCGAAGGACUCAUCAGGGGACGUCCAGCGAGGCAAACUCUCUCCUGAUCUUGACGGAGUCGCCGACAAUCGUCACAAUUUCAAUGGAUCUGCAGGAGAACGCUAUCUCCUGUCUCAGUCCAGUCAAUUUCAGCCGAGUCCCACCACCAUGUUUCCCUACCCGAGUCAGCAUGGACCGACGCACCCAGCCUUUUCCAUCGGAAGCCCGAGUCGCUACAUGGCACACCAUCCGGUGAUAACGAACGGAGCCUACAACAGUCUGUUGAGCAACACUUCUCCUCAAGGCUACCCGACCGCAGGCUACCCGUACGCGCAACAGUACGGACACGCGUAUCAAGGGACUGCUUUCUACCAGUUUUCCUCGGCUCAGGCCGGGCUUGUGCCUGGUAAAGCGCAGGUCUACCUCUGCAACAGGGCCCUGUGGCUUAAAUUUCACAGACAUCAAACAGAGAUGAUUAUUACCAAGCAAGGACGGCGAAUGUUCCCGUUCUUGAGUUUCAAUAUAUCUGGUCUCGACCCGACGGCGCAUUACAAUAUAUUUGUGGACGUUAUUCUUGCGGAUCCGAAUCACUGGCGUUUUCAAGGAGGAAAAUGGGUCCCGUGCGGAAAAGCAGACACAAAUGUAACAGGUAACAGGGUUUACAUGCACCCCGAUUCGCCCAACACCGGUGCGCACUGGAUGCGUCAAGAGAUAUCUUUUGGAAAACUCAAACUAACCAACAACAAAGGAGCAUCUAACAACACAGGGCAGAUGGUGGUCCUGCAGUCGCUGCAUAAAUACCAGCCUCGACUGCAUGUGGUGCAGGUGAACGAGGACGGAACCGAGGAUACGAGCCAACCUGACCGCGUGCAGACGUUCACUUUCCCGGAGACUCAGUUUAUCGCAGUCACCGCUUAUCAAAAUACUGACAUCACACAGCUAAAAAUCGACCACAAUCCAUUUGCAAAAGGAUUCCGGGACAAUUAUGACACUGUCUACACAGGUUGCGACAUUGAUCGGUUGACGCCGUCCCCGGGUGACUCGCCGCGCUCUCAGAUCAUGCCUAGCGCAAGAUAUGCCAUGACUGGUUCUUUCCUGCAGGACCAAUUUGUGAGCUCGUAUGCCAAGUCCCGCUUUCACCCUGGCGUCGGAGGCGCUCCUGGCACGGACCGCAGCGUCCCACUUAGUAACAGCUUGCUCUCCCCGCAACAAGCCGAGGAGACCACGGUGGCCUCCCCGCAGCGAUGGUUUGUCACCCCUGCCAACAACCGACUGGACUUUGCCGCCUCGGCAUACGAUGCCGCCGCGGCUGCUGAUUUCGCCGGUAACGCGGCCACCCUUCUGUCGUACGCAGCUGCCGGAGUGAAAGCGCUGCCCCUGCCCGGGGCGGGAUGCUCCAGCAGGCCUCUGGGGUAUUACAGCGAGCCGCCGGGGUGGGGCACUCGCACCCCGCCGCAAUAUUGCAGCAAGUCCAGCUCCGUCCUCUCCUGCUGGCCAUCCAACUCCGUGGGGAGCACCAGAACGACGACCUCCAGUUACCUGCUACCUGGCCUCGAGGACGGCGACGCCAUCGCGGCCGACAGGUCACCGGAUGAAUCCAAACCGAAAGACCUGUCUGAAUCCAGCUGGAUAGAAACGCCGUCCUCAAUUAAGUCCAUCGACUCGAGCGAUUCUGGGAUUUUUGAGCAAGCCAAGAGGAGGAGGAUUUCGCCAUCUGCCACGCCGGUUUCAGAAACCUCGUCUCCGUUAAAAUCCGAAAUGUUAACGCCGAGGGAAUGCGAGAAAAACUGCUCCAAGGACAUCGGCUACUACAGCUUUUACCCCCACAGUUAGAAACUGGGAAGAACUAAUGCAUUAUGGCUAAUAUGUUCAAGGAGUGAUUUAUAAUCUAUUUGUUCCUAUUUAUGUGCUUAUUAAUUUAUUAUUGGGGUAUUUAUUCAUCCAUCUGACCGAACUUGGUCGCGUCGUUCAAAGGACGGGUUUAAAUGAAAAUCUUGACGCGAAAAAGCGACAUUUAUUUAAGGUUUUAACUGUUAAGCCUAUUGUAAGUAUGAAAGUACUGUACAUAUGUGUACUUAUCUAUCCAUUUGUGGUUUUCUCGUUCAAUGUUGAUGUACAAUAUGGCAAAAACAGAAUAGUUUCAUGUUUUAAUGUACUUAGAAGUCGUUCGUUCGUUUGAAUAGCUACAUAUAUUCGAUAUUUUGAUGUUUAAAACAUGAUGUUGCUCACCUGUUGAAGGGACCACCUAAAGAGUUUAUCUGACAGAAGAAAAAAAAUGUCUUGUCAGAUGUCGGCUUAUAUUGAUGUUGCUUUUUAGAGUCGCAUUGUCUGUUCGGGAAUAUCAUGUAGUCAGUAGUUUCAUCGUUUUGUGGACGUUGUUGUAAAGUUGUCAGAGCAUAUGUUUGUACCACACAAGCGUAAAAUCGUGGAUAUCUCAUUACCCUUUUAUAGACAUUUUCAUUUGUGUUUCAUGGGCUGUUCUCUCAUGAGGAAAAACGCGAAUUAGACCUGCUAAUGUGUAAAGGUCAUGUAAUUGUGGUGUGCUUGCUUGCAAUAAAUAUGAAAGAAUGUGAAAACCCUGCAAGGCGAAGUAACCUACACAAGAAUCCAAACUGGUUCCAAAACCAAAUAAUUCUGUUCCAAAAGAGCUCUCAGUCACAAUGGGAAUAUUGUUCCAUUUUUGUUGUUGCCUGUACGGUACAUUUGUAAAAUAAAAUGUAAACCGCAAAGCAUUGCAAUAGAUAAUGCAUUAGAUUCCAAAAUAACAAAUCAAGUAACUUGAUCAACAUAUUUCACAAGAAGUUGUUUGAUGAAA